AACGGUUAAAUAUUAUGUACAGAAAUAUAAAUAUAAUGAGCAAUAAUAACAAAAAAGAUUAUCUGCGUUGUUCACUGGGAUUAGCAGCUGCUCAAAUAUGCCAAUCGCUAGGAUGGCACUCUGUACAUCGUUCCUCCCAUGAUAUACUGACAGACAUUCUUGAAAGAUACCUGAAACAGCUUUCUGCCACAGCAGCAAAUUACAGCCAAAAUUACAGCAGGACAAUACCAAAUUUGGAUGAUGUUGCACUUGCAUUCGAUCAGUUGGGAAUAUAUUUACACGAACUCGAGGAUUACGUGCAUCAAGUUGAGCCUGUUUGUCCCAGCAGUUCACUGCCGGAAGUGCCCUGUCAUGAGUCAGGAAACCAUUUGUUACACGAACAGGAUGGUCAAUUUCCUCCCCCUGUCGAUAUGAAGCAAGAACAUCAACAAGUGGAGAGGGAGAUAGAAAGUGAAAUGGAAAUUGUCAAAGAGGAAAAUGUUGAGGUCAAAGAAAACAAACCUGACAUGGAGAGCAGCACAAGCACUCAAAAUAAAGUUAAUCGACCAAAAGAAUUAACCCUUCGAACUGAUAGUGUGGAAAGUCCACCCUAUUCCCCUUUGGAACCAAAAAGCCUAAACAUAGAUGCUCUUGUGAAUUCAGAGCUCACGCGUCCAGGAUUAAAAGUAACUACUCCAAAAGGGUACACACCCACCUUAACAACCCAAUCAGCUGUGCCUGGUAUUGCUAGUUUCACUAAUACGACAUCGAAAAUAGAAUCUCUCUCAUCGCCAGCAUACACAAUUACAACACCUUCGAAGGACAUUGCGAAUACGUAUUCUAAAAGUAAAACGAAAAAAGAGAAAAAGAAGAACCAGCAAGAUAAAGUAAAGGUAAAAAAAGAAGAAAAAACAAUUUUAUCGCCACCCAAAACAAAUCGUAAUAACUUAAAGUCUCCUCCUUCAAAACACAAAUCAAAUAUCCUUUCUCCAAAAUCUGCUGGUAGCUCGCACAAAACGAAAUCUCCUAAACCGAAAAUUCCAGUGGCGGGUAUCACAGACUUUAUUAAAACUAACACAGUGAUCCCACCAUCGGCUAAAGUAGCCUCCCCUCCUACAGUAACAGAUAGCCGCUCUGCUCAAUCUCUAAACAUUAAAGAAGAGAAUAGUGGCGAGGUUGCUACUCCUAGUAAAGAAUCGAGUAAAAUUGAAAUGAAACGAGAGUUUCUGCACAGCCCACCACCGCUUACCCUCCCACCACAAAUCUUACUAUCGCCCACAGCCACAAAGCAGGAAGCUUCUGUUGAAAUUAAACAAGAAGAAGUUGAUCUCCCAACGCCUUCUAGAACCGUUAUAUUUUCAAAUAAAAGUGACGUCAGUCCGGUGUCUAUUAAAUUAGAACACUCUCCACCGCCUUUGCUUACCUCCGACCUACUUUCACCAGACAAAAGUGGUGAUGUGUCUUUUACCAAGGAGAUCAAUGAAAACUCCAGUUCGGUGUUGGUAAGUCCUGUUCCGAUGGACAUGCCUGUGCUAACGUUUCAAAAGAAGGUGGAAACACCGGAUGCCGACACGUCAGAAAUAAAAAGUGAACAUGAAAUCGACAUUUUGUCAGUCUCACAGGACGAGCUUCAACCGAGCUUGAAGUUUGAACCCACAUUAACACAUCGCAGUGGAGAAGAAAAAAAGAAAAAGAAGAAGAAAAAAUCAGAUCGAGACGAUAAAAAUCGAAAGCACGAGGGAAAAGAAAAAAAAGAAAAGAGAAAAAAGCGCGAAGAAAAAGAAUCUGUCACGCCAAUUCCAAAAUUGACAUUUAAAUUGGGCGGUGCAACCAUAUCUGAAUCGAAUUCAAAUUUGUCUUUCGAUGCUACUCCUUCGUCUACAUACAGUGCAUCUCCUGAACCGAUGGAUGUGCUGCCCACAAAAUCCUCGAAAAAACAUAAGAGCAAACACAAGGAGGAAAAACAUAAGGAGCCUCCUCUGACCAUUUCAUCGGUAAAAUCCACUAGUAGUAUAUACGUGGAAACUUUAACAAAUACUUCAUCUGCACUUGGUGGAGAGGUAUAUUAUUGUCCUGCUUGUGGCUUACCCGACGAUGGCAGCCCGAUGAUAGGUUGUGACUCGUGCGAUCUCUGGUACCACUGGCCGUGCGUCAACAUCACCGUGGAGCCUGCAGAUGACGAUAAGUGGUUUUGUCCGAAAUGUCUCAACGCUCCACCUGCGAAGAAGAAAAAGAAGAAAAAGAAAAGGGAAUCACUUUUGGGUGGGAUUUUCAAGAAAAAAACAAUCACAAACAUUAAAAGAACAAUUCCUUUCACUUCAGACAGAAGUUAUAUGCUUUUAAACGGAUUUUCAACUAUCUCUACAACAGAUAGUGCGUUUUUAACGGCUUCUGUUUCUGUAGGUUUGCUAAGGAUAUACAAGGUCUCUUCACACAACAUGACGUUGAAAAGUUCGGGAGGAAAGGAGAUCUUUAUAUUGUUGUGCUUGGUGAUUUAUAUCAUCAAUGUAGGUGCUAUUCCAAGACACUUCUUGAAGCAUGCAAAGACGAAGUACACACAACGAAGCACAAUUGACACAAAUGAUGAACUAGGUUCAAGUAUGCCAGCCAAACAUCAUAAUUACGAAGAAUUGACAAGCUUUUUAGACGAAUUAAACGCAAAGUACCCAGAUAUUACGCAUAAAUAUAGUAUUGGUAAGUCAGUAGAGGGAAGAGAACUUUGGGUUAUGGUUGUUAGCGAUCAGCCCGAGCGACACGAAGCAGGUGAGCCGGAAUUUAAAUACAUUGCAAAUAUGCAUGGCAACGAGGUUGUCGGAAGAGAGUUGUUGCUGAAUUUAAUGGACGUACUCUGCAGACAAUAUAAAAAGAGUGAUCGAUUAACAAAGUUAGUUGAUAACACUCGAAUGCAUUUUAUGCCUAGUAUGAAUCCAGAUGGAUAUGAAGCAGCCAGUAAUGAUGGCGGUACAGACUGGUUAACAGGAAGAAACAACGCAAAUAACGUAGAUCUCAAUCGAAACUUUCCGGAUCAAUUUUUCCCAAAAGACCGGGCCAAGCGGGAACCGGAAGUUAAUCACACCAUUAAUUGGAUACUUAGCAACCCGUUCAUAUUAUCAGCUAAUAUUCAUGGUGGAUCGUUAGUAGCGAACUAUCCUUUUGAUGACAAUCCAUCCGGUCAAAACGAAUACACUGCCUGCCCGGAUGAUGAUGUGUUCAAAAGUCUAGCUUUGAAUUACUCAAAAGCUCAUCAAACAAUGCAUUUAGAUAACCCUCCAUGGGAAUGCAAGGGUGUACCACCGGAUCAUUUUAAGGACGGGAUAACUAAUGGUGCUCACUGGUAUAAUGUUGCCGGGGGUAUGCAAGACUUCAAUUAUAUUCACAGUGAUUGCAUGGAAAUUACUCUGGAAUUGGGUUGCAACAAGUUUCCGAAAAAAGAAGAUUUACCUCGUUAUUGGUUGGAAAACAAAAACGCUCUGGUCUUAUUUAUAGAGCAGAUCCAUAAAGGUAUAAAAGGAACCGUUUUCAAAAAAGAAGGAGAACCACUGGAGGGUGCUAAAAUACAUAUCGACAAUCGAGCUCAUGUAUCGCACUCACAAAAAGAUGGCGACUUCUGGAGGAUCCUAGAACCUGGCUCGUACAUGGUGAAAGUUACCAAAGAUGGGUAUAAAAGCCAAACAAAAAAUGUAGAAGUAAAAAAAGAUGCUGAUGCAGAAGUUGUGGAAUUUUACUUAAGUGAAGGCACGUCCAGUGAAGCAGAAGGGAACAACGGGUUUCCAACAGAUAGUUCGGAAACCCUGGACCAACCUUUUACGUCGCUAACGCACGUUCAACCCAGUACUGGUGACAGCACCUUUCCUCUACUUUCACAGAUACAAACCAUAGAUCAACAACUUUUAGCAAGAGCUGCUGCUCCAAAUACGCAAGCAUGGCAGCCCGACAUGCAAGCAUUUAAUGCACCCACAGUGAGUCUUGGAAAUUCAGGAGACAUGAGACAAAAUGCGCCGUACCAGGGAGACGGACUAGAUGACGCUGCCAUGGAUUCGCCGUUCGAACAGCCGCACGAAUAUUUCCUUAAUAAUCCAAAAGAAAUGGAGUCGACGCAACAGCUGAUGGAUGAUUUAAAUUUAGAAAAACAAGACUUUAUGGAUCAUAAAAGUGAAUUCGUAAGUGAUGAAGCAUAACCGAAAAAAAAAAAAGAAAAGAGAAAAAUCACACAAAAGAAUCGCAUGUAUUUUUAAGAAAUUUCACAUCGUAUAUAUCGUAUAACGUAAAUAGAUAAGAACUUUUUGCAUUAUAAAUUUUUCUCUUUUUCGAACCAUGCUAUUGUGAGUGCAGGUUUAUUAUAACCAAUCCGGUAUUUCAUCUCAGCCUUAGUUGCUUAGGGUAAAACUUUGGAUGUCAGCCCUAUACUUGCUAAAAAGUUGCGAAACGUAAGCAUUCAAAUUUCACAGCAUUCCAAUCUUUUCGCACAUUUAUGUGGUUAUUAUUUCUUAGAAAACAGAAAUAGGUUUAUUCUUCUAAAGAAUUAUUUUGUAGGUUUUGUUAAAUUAUCCGGCUUAAACUUUGUUUGGUUGAAAUUUUUGAAUUUUCAGCUUAGUCUGUUGCUACGCAGUUUGCUUGAGCUUCUGACUGAAAUCUCAAUUUCGGCUCUUAGGAACUCGAUUGCUUAUUAAAAACCGUGCAAUACAACUAAUAUCUUAAUAAGUAAAAAAAUUAUAAAGAUAACAAAUUUCGUGUGUAUAAAUAACAACAAUUUGAUAAUGAUUAAAAAUAGCAAUUUACGCAACAACUUGGAAAAUUUAAAAAUUACCAGCAAUCUGUGUAUCUCCCACCUAGGACAAGUGUCGCCUGAAUAACCCCCCUUUCCACCUACCCCUUUUAUUUGAUUCUCCGUAUAAUUGUUAGCAGCAUUUUUGUGUCUUCAUAUCUAAGGCAUAAGCUUAAAAUUUUGAAAUUAUUAAAAGCUCCGAAGUCAGAGCUUUUAAUAUUUCAAGAUUGAUCGCCCGAUUGAAUGUACCAGUUGCUUUGUAGAAACAUAUUUUAAAAGAGCUCAAAAACAACCAUAACUAUCUAACAAAUUCCCUUAAACAUGAUAGAAAACUUGCUAAAAUUUAACAAAAUCAUCAAAAAAACUACCAAAGAUGUGUCCAUUAAGAGGUGUUGAUGUCCAAUUUUUACCUGAUGCAUUGACUAAAUAGUUACUCUUUCCAAAUGUGCCGUCCCAUAAAAGAAUAUAAAACAUUAUUUUGGAACCAAAAAGAAACCACACAACGACAGAAUCAGUGCGCUAGUGUAGUUUUAAAACUGCAACCACAAAAAAGUUUUGCAGAUUAUAGUAAGGCUUCUUAUAAAGUGGUUGCUGAUAAAAAGACGUGUAGUAAAAAUCAAAUGUUUUUUUUCAGGGAGAGAUAGAAAAUAUAUAGCUAUGAAGUCUAGUUGCUGCUUGAAACUAGAA